AUGGAUUACACGAGCUCGGACGAAGACAUCCACGAUGACGAGGAGACCGGUUUGACUGCGAGGCAGAGGCGUCAGCGACGUCGCAGAAGACAGCAGCGCAGGCAGUUGGAUGCCCGCAUAGCCGAUGUCAAGGCCUCGAAACAGGACUGGCUGCCACUGGGAAUGGGCGAUCGGGACAUCCUCCAAAAGCUUCUAGUCAACGGUGGCUUGAUCCUCAUGUGGUACUUCUUCUCGCUGUCGAUUUCAAUUUACAACAAAUGGAUGUUUUCAGACAAUAACGUCGUGUUUCCUUUCCCUCUCUUCACCACCAGUCUGCAUAUGGCUGUUCAGUUCACACUCUCUUCCCUUCUGCUUUACUUGAUACCUUCGUUGCGCCCGCAGCACCCUCACACCUCCACGCCGUCCGGUUCGCCCGUCCGAGGUCAUGAUAACUCGGAGAAAGGGCCGAUCCUCACCAAAUUCUUCUACUUUACUCGUCUGGUUCCCUGCGGUGCAGCAACCUCCCUCGACAUUGGUCUUGGAAAUAUGUCCUUGAAGUUCAUCUCCCUCACUUUUCUUACUAUGUGCAAAUCGUCCGCCCUCGCCUUUGUUCUUCUGUUUGCCUUCCUCUUCCGCCUCGAGACUCCCUCAGUUAGAUUGAUAAUCAUUAUCGCCACAAUGACUGUAGGUGUUGUCAUGAUGGUCGCUGGCGAGACCGCUUUCAAUGUAGUCGGGUUCGUCCUGGUCAUUGCAUCCGCGUUCUUCUCGGGUUUCCGGUGGGGUCUGACCCAAAUCCUCCUCCUCCGCCACCCAGCGACGGCCAAUCCCUUCUCUACACUCUUUUUCCUUACCCCCGUCAUGUUUGUGUCUCUUAUUAUCAUUGCGCUGGCCGUGGAGGGACCCUCCGAGAUCGCGGCGGGAUUCCAUGCGUUGGCCGAGGCUCGCGGUAGCCUGUUCGGGGUGGGCCUGUUGAUCUUCCCCGGCCUUCUCGCUUUCUGUAUGAUUUCGUCCGAGUUUGCGCUCCUCAAGCGCUCCUCGGUGGUAACCUUGAGCAUCUGCGGUAUCUUCAAGGAAGUGGUCACCAUCAGUGCAGCGGGGGUGAUUUUCCACGAUCAGCUUACCUUCAUCAACAUCACUGGCUUGUUUGUGACCAUCGCCAGCAUUGGUACAUAUAACUACAUGAAGAUUGCGAAGAUGCGUGCGGAAGCUCGGAAGGGAUCUUGGACGCGCAGCCCGAACCUUGACUCCGAGGCUGACGACUCGGAUCCCACGGGCGAGCGCGGUGAAUAUCAGCGGAUACGCCACCCUGAGGCAGGCAUGCAUUGCUCGCCGGACGACCUGGACGACGAUGAGAAUGUCAACAUCACGCCGGCCGACCACCUGAACCCCGGCCGCCGCUCCUUCCGCGUCCGUGCCAGCGGCGCCAGCAGCAAUGUGCAUGGGCUGAGCAUCAACACCUCGAACCUCAGCGACCACGAUCGGUCGCUUUCCCCGCGCGUCGCCGGUCACUCCCCGUUGAAAUCUGCACCACCUAUCAUCACUUCACUUGAGGCGGAGCUUCACAAGUCGGAUCGGCGGCAAAGCUUCGGGGGCGCUGUGCAACCAUCCCCGGAUAGGCUCUCCCAUGGGGAGGGGCGAUCCGCCCACUGA